AUCUGGGGCCAGACACUGUUACUGGUAGGUUAUUGACAUCCUGUCUGAGCAGCCUUCCUAGACACUGCAAACAUGGCUGAGACACUGACACCAGAGCAGAUAACAGAGUACAAAGGCGUCUUCGAGAUGUUUGAUGAGGAGGGCAAUGGGUUAGUGAAAACAGAUGAUCUGGAGAAGCUUAUGAGCUUGAUGGGAAUCAACCCAACCAAGAGAGAGCUGGUGACAAUGGCAAAGGAGGUGGACAAAGACAAUAAGGGCACCUUGAACUGCGACAGUUUUCUGAUUUUGAUGGGCAUUUAUCAUGAAAAGGCUAAAAACCAGGAUGAAGAGCUGAGGGCAGCAUUCAAGGUCUUUGAUAAGGAACACAAAGGCUACAUUGAUUGGAAUACACUCAAGUAUGUACUGAUGAAUGCUGGAGAGCCACUAAAUGAACAGGAGGCUGAACUGAUGAUGAAAGAAGCUGAUAAGGAUGGAGAUGGAACCAUUGAUUAUGAAGAGUUUGUGGCCAUGAUGACUGGAGAAUCCUUUAAACUUGUUCAAUAGCGUCCUGCAGAAGAACCGUAUCCUUUGUUACAAAGAUCCUUCCUAGACACUCUCACCUGCAAGGGCUGCAGUUCUUCUCAAGAUGCUGUGAUCUGGAGAUGUUUCCGAACACCACUCAUACACUACCCACGUCUGAGUAACUUCACCUGGAAUUCACAGCAGGAGGAAGCUACAGACCAGACCAGAGCUGAGAGACUCCUCUCACAGCAGGUGUAGAAGCUCUUGCAGGACAGAUUCAGUUAUACAAGCAAUCUGUUUUGGGCCAUGGAAAUCGUACAAGAGCCAUAAUUUAUGUUUAUUAAUAAACUUUAUAUAGAAAGUUUUUCCAAUAUGGCUUUAAAGAGUCCUGUGAAAGGAACAUAGCGUGCUUGGGAAAGGAAUGCAUGUGCUCACUUCUCCUGUAUAAAUCAUUCCUGGGACUGAGAAUUGCUCCCAGGUCCACACCUACUUUUAUGCAUCUCAAAAACAGUUCACACCUUGGUUAGAAAUGCCUAAACUUCACUUCUGCACAGUGGACUAAAUAAAGCUACCUGAGGGAGUGCCUGAGAACAUGAGUCACAUUGCACUGAAUUUCAAGCUCACAAUAAUUCAGUGUUUCAAGUGGGCUUGGAAAAACAUUGAGGAAACCUGUGAAAUGAUGCAGUCGGGGUUGGGUAACAGAUGGAAAAGCCUGUAAUGCUGCAAGCUGGUUCUGAACCAGAGCAUAGCAUACAAGGGGAAGGGCACUGGACUUGGGGAAAGCAGAGGGAAUCCUUGUAACGCUGCAUGUCUGUGCUCCAGACUACAAGUGGGUUAAAGCAAGCUAUUAAGUCAGGAGAAAGCACUGGGGAAUUGGUCCGUCCUGGCACAGGUGCUGUUCAU